AUGCUGCAGAACGUUGCUUCCAGCCUGGGCAUGACCUACAAGUGCCCAGUGCAGGAGCUGGAGUUCAGUUUGGACUGCAGAAGGAUCUGCCAGACGUGUGGAAAGGGCUCACGUAAGAGAGAGGACUUCACCAACCUCUCUCUGGACCUUUGUGCGGAAACUACCACCGACAAACUUCUGGAGAAUUAUCUGAAGCCGACCCAGCUGGAGUAUAACUGCACCUGUAAAGGUCAAGUUUCUACCAUGUCAGCGAUGUUCUCCACUCUCCCAAACAUCCUGGUUCUUCACCUGAAGCGGUACAGGUACACACGCGAUUACCGACUGGAGAAAGUGCACGAUGGCACGAGCAUCGACAAAGAUCUGGUGCUGUCACAGAAAACACUGCGGCUCGUUUCAGUCUGGUCGGGGUCAUCUCUCACCUCGGAGAUAAUGCAAAGUCUGGACAUUACAUCUUUGAAGGCAGAAGUCCGGACCAUGACCUGA